CAGGGACGCGUCUGUUUACAAAUAUCUCGUAUCGCUGUUUCAGCGUUAGCGUCGCUAAAUCGUACGUGGAAUAAAAAAAAAGGGAGGAUGGAAAUUGAAAAUACUCAGCCAUAUUUCUUUGGAGACAUCGGAUGCUGGUCUGAGAGGACAGAGGUGCACAAGGCAGCCUCCCUGGGCCAGGCCUCCCAGCUGCAGCACCUCAUUCAGAGCGGAGCUUCGGUCAAUGUGGUGGCGGUAGACUCUAUCACGCCACUGCAUGAGGCCUGCGUCCGCGGACAGGCCCAGUGUGUCCGGCUGCUGCUGGAGGCUGGAGCCCAGGUGGAUGCGAGGAACGUAGACGGCAGUACCCCGCUGUGUGACGCCUGUUCAGCAGGUAGUUUGGAGUGUGUAAGGCUCUUGCUGGAGUACGGAGCCAAGGCCAACCCGGCCCUCACCUCUCGCACAGCCUCACCUCUGCAUGAGGCCUGCAUGGGAGGUAACUCAGACUGUGUGAAGCUCCUGAUUGCCAUGGGUGCCAGUCUAGAGUCAUAUGACCUUUACUACGGGACCCCGCUGCACGUGGCUUGUGUUAACGAACACACAGACUGUGUUAAAGUGCUGCUCAAUGCAGGUGCUAAAGUGAAUGCUGCCCGGCUACAUGAAACUCCACUGCACCACGCUGCUAAAAACAUGCGAGUGGAGAUGAUAGAGACGCUGGUGGAGUUCGGGGCCAACAUCUACGCCAGAGAUCAGCACGAGAGGAAACCCGUGGACUACACCACGCCGGGCUCUCCCUCUGCAGCCUGCCUGCAGUUUUAUGAGACCACUCCCAUGAGUCUGCAGCAGCUCAGCAGGUUGGCAGUGAGGAAGAAGCUGGGCACCAGAGCUCUGCAGGUCAUAGGUCAACUGGAUAUACCUAAACUCAUCAUCAGCUACCUCUGCUAUCAGUGAGAGCUACCUGGAGGAGGAGUUAGAUCAGUGCUCAAAGCGAGAGACUGGAAAUUCACAGAGCCGCCGCACCAUUCUCAGAUAUAACAGAACACAUAAAGGUUAGUGACAAGCACAGAGAUCUCACACGCUUCUAUUCACAACGCGACAAUCGUUUCAAGACCUGGAAGCAAAAAAGCUACAGAGUGGGGCUGAGGCAGAGAGGGGUAUCUUAUCUCCUGUACUGGAAAUGCCAUUUUUUGUGAUAUAUUCACCAGUUAGUGUGUUCACAGAUGUAUGUAAUCAGACACCCCACCACAACUCCUUUAAACCAUGUAAACACUAUGAUCAAACUGUUACCUAAUGUGUUUAUGCAUAGUUAUUGUUUUAUAAUGUGCAUGAAACACUGCUUGGACAUGGACACUUACAGAGACCUUCCAGCAGGAAAGUUUAAUCAAAACUUGAAACCCCCAAAAUGUCUCCUCAGCAGCAGCUUCAGUUUUGGAAAAGCUGCCCUCACCACCGCUCCCCUUGGCUUCCUGUACUACAAGCUACCACACUCACUGGUUCGGGUCAGUAAACAUGAGGGUGCUGUGCGACAGUUACUUUUUUAGCUGGUUUGGUUGUCGGCAACGGAGCCACCAACAUGUGAUCUUAACUAUAAAUUGCAGCUGGUCUUAAAUAGCUUUUAAUAAUGUAAACAGAACAAGUUUAACUCAGUCAGCUGGUUGAUUUGGAAGUCGGAAAUGGAAGAGAGAGGGGGGGCUAAAGGUCGCUGGAUCAAAUCCUGGAUUUUCCCAGUAAAUGCAAGCAAGUCACUAAACACGCAGGUGUAUGGUAAAUACUGAGUGGUAGUUAAAAUAUGAAAUAACACAUUACAUGCAUGCUUUGUCAGCAUUCCCUGGAUAACUACAAGAAAAGCACAUAACAUCUACAGGAAUACCAAGCAGUCAUGUUGUCACAGCAGCUUUCAGAGUGAAGUUCUCCAGAUGCUGCUUCACUUCAUCUCAGAUUCCUGUGAUUCAAACCUGGCAACAAGGAGUCAGUGUCCUGGCUGCCUAUUUAUAGCUUUGUGUCUGAUGCUCCAUUAAAUCUACUUAUAGACACGGGCACAGAGAGCUUCAUGAGGUCUUGGUAUUUGUAGAAGGAGGCGCAGGAAGUCGUUUAUGAAUUCCACCAAGAGCUUUCAAUUGAUUCAUUAACUCUCUUCUAAGUUGACGUGACCUGUUUUAGUGGUUUCAUAACUUCACUUUAUCCAGGGAGGUUGAAUCAGGCCAAACAUGCACUUUAUGAUUUGACACCAGAACACCGGAAGAUGAGUUAAGGAUACAGGACGGCACUUUAUGAGAUGAACUUUGUUUAUAGGCACUUCAUUUGUUUUCGUUCAGGUGUGAUCUCUGUCUCUGUUUCUCCUCAGACCAAACACAGACAGUGGAUCCAGCUAUGGUGGACAUCUUGUUUGUCCUUUUUAACCUGGUGAACUUAAACAACAAUACACAUUCCAUCUGUUACAGUGAACUUUAGUUUCAGGACACUUCAGUCUGCGCUCGUGUUAUAGCUGCAUUUGGUCAAGUCAGUUUUAUCGAGUGAACAGAUGUUAUCUCAAGGCACUUUUCAUAUAGAGCAGGUCUAGACUGUACUCUUUAUAACGUUAUCUACAGAGAGACAGUGUUUCCUCCAAGAGCAGCACUUGGCGACAGCGAUAAGGAAAAACUCCCGUCAGACUUUUAUGUGAAAAAUAAUCCUGUCUCCCAUCAGCCUCAGUCACAAAGUAGGCUUUCUGUAUUGAGGAGCUAACUGAGAAGCUCUGGUGUGGACGCCUGUCCAUCCACAGGAAGUGAAAACUUCAAACUUAAAGGACAAAUACCUAUGUUAAUGCUGAGACAUCUCAGUCAGGAGAAUCAUCACCUCAGGAAAACCAGAGCACAGUACUGUUUUUAUCUAACUUUGUAUUAAUUCAGUCUCAAACAGCAGAAUAGGGGUGAGCGAGUGCUGUGUCCGCAAACAGCUGAACUCUGCUGAACUCAACAUCUUUUUUUCUCUCUUGCCCUUUUUCCUGACUUUCCGGUGCGAGCCGCGGCCUGAGGCUCUGUGUUUUCAGGUUGGCCGUCCGUCCCCAUUCAUGUGAAUGCCAUAUCUCAGGAAAGCCUUGAGGGCAUUACAUUACAUCUGGCACAGACGUCCACUUGGCCUCAAGGAGGAACUGCUUAGAAUUUGGUGGUCAAAGGUCGAAGGUCAUUGACCUUAUCAAGCACCUUUUUUGGCCACAACUCAAGAAUUCAUGUGCUAAUUGUGACAAAGUUUCACACAAAUGUCUAAUAGGAUAGAAGUGAUGACAUUUUAUAUCCAAUAGGUCAAAGGUCAGCUUUGCUGUGACAUCAUAUGGUCGCCAUGACUCAAGAACAGAAAGGCACAGGGUGUUAAUCUCAAGUUCCCUCCUUGUGACUUUUGUGACUGUAUAAAUCUUCUUAAGGUGUGUGUGUGUGUGUGAAGCAUCCACAGGCAGUGAACCUAGCUCCCAUUAGAUUUAUGCCAUUAAACACCGUCCACGUGCAGUUCACUGACGUCAGGCCUCAGGAUUUUUAGGUGUCCGCGUUCACAAUUUUCAAACCUCCUGCUUCCAUGUGGAGCUGCCAGCAGGCAGUUACCCCAUGCAACUUUAAAGAGCAAGAGGCCAUCUGUCAGCUCUCUUCGAGGGUCUGCGCCUGUGUGUCUGCUGUUCACCGACAGGUCUUUACACAGCAUUCAAAAGCAAUAUUUCAUGCUCACGGCACUGCAUCCAAAACCUCUCAGUUCACUCCCCUCAUUUGGCUCUCUCCCUAAACGUGCCCAGGCUGCACGAUGCUGGCCUGAAAACAUAGCUUGUCUGCUGCACUCCAUAAACAUGCCAAGUUGUGGAAGUUCUUUUAACCAGAAUAUAAAUUCUAACUAACUAAUCUUCCAUCAUUAAAAUAUACUUGGACCAGUUUUCAGUCUGGUUCGUUACAGUCUUAGCCUGUAAAUAAUCUCAAAGCGCAGAUCUCUUUCUUCAUGUGGACUGUUCCUUUUAAGACCAUUUUAAAAUAUUUGACCCCGAUACAGAUGGGGGCUUGCACUUAUGGCUUAAAAUAACCACUACAAAACAUGCUCGGUUUCAAAGCACUUUAAGUCUACAGAGGGGGAAAAAAAGCAGAGAGGAGGAGCAGGCAUGCAGGGUAUGUCCAGUUAUCUAAGACCAACAACGAGGCUCCUGCUCCAAAAUAGGAAUGUUGAACUUCAGGUUGGAACAACGGAGUGGUUGGUUGGUUCUGAAAACGUUCCUCCCGGUUCAUCAGAUUAAACAGCGCUGGCAGUUCUCUCAGUUUAUGUGUUCUAAUAAAAGUGAGUAAAGUCAGGUUCAAUCUGCACUGAUGCUGAGAACCCACUGAUUUAUCUGAUUAAGGUGCUAUAAAAACUGUGAAGUCAUCCGUUAAAAUGUGUCACAAAUAUGAAUCUUAUG